GUGAUUGAGCUUACACACAAAAUGGGGAUCUGCCUCUACUACAAAACCCAAAUCAGAGCACCAUCGUUCCGCAAAAGCUUCAGUUCACAUGGCUACCCCUCACUUCCUUUUGUUCCCAUUCAUGGCACAAGGCCAUAUGAUCCCCAUGAUUGACCUCGCCAAGCUUCUCGCCCACCGUGGCGCCAUUGUCACCAUCGUCGUCACAACCAACAACGCCACCCGCAACCACUCUGUUCUUUCUCGCGCCAUCGAUUCCGGCUUGCACAUCCGUGUCGUCCAACUGGAGUUUCCAUGGAAGGAAGGUGGCCUCCCAGAAGGGUGCGACAAUGUCGACUUGCUUCCUUCGCUUGCCUCCAUGUCCACUUUCUUCAAAGCCGCCAGUCUCCUUUACGACCCUUCCGAAAAAUUGUUCCUCCAACUCAAUCCCCGUCCCGCUUCCAUAAUCUCCGAUAUGAAUCUUCCCUGGACCCUCCAACUUGCUCAAAAAUUUAAUGUCCCCAGACUCGUUUUCUAUACUUAUAGUGCCUACUUUCUCCUCUGUUUGCAGGGCUUAAUGACCAAUCCUGAUCCUGUCGAGUUUCGCAAGUCGGAGUUACCUAGAACCACCGACGUAGACAUGGCCAAGUUUGGGGUUGAAAUGAUCCUGGCCGAUGCGCAAUCUUACGGCGUUGUUUUUAAUUCUUUUGAGGAGAUGGAGCCUAAGUAUGUAGCCGAGUAUAGAAAGACAAGAGAAUCGCCAGAAAAGGUGUGGUGCGUCGGCCCUGUUUCCCUUUGCAACGACGACAACCUCGACAAAGCAGAAAGAGGCAACAAAGCCUCAAUUGACCAACACCAAUGCAUCGAAUGGCUCGACGGGCAGCAACCAACAUCCGUGGUCUAUGUCUGUCUGGGAAGCAUCUGCAACUUGGUGACGGCCCAACUCAUAGAGCUGGGAUUGGGAUUGGAGGCAUCGAACAAGCCAUUUAUUUGGGUCAUAAGGAAAGCAAACCUUACAGAAGAGCUACUGAAAUGGCUGGAGGAGUAUGAUUUGGAGGGGAAAACCAAAGGGAGAAGCCUCGUGAUUCGUGGAUGGGCUCCUCAAGUUCUUAUACUCUCCCACCCUUCAAUCGGGUGCUUUUUGACGCACUGCGGUUGGAAUUCGAGCACCGAAGGGAUUUCGGCGGGCGUGCCGAUGAUCACGUGGCCGCUGUUUGCGGACCAAGUGUUCAAUUAUAAGCUAAUCGUAGAGGUUGUGAAGGUGGGUGUGGGUAUGGGGGUGGAGACAGUUAUGCACUGGGGGGAGGAGGAGGAGAUAGGGGUGGUUGUGAAGAGAGAGAAAGUGAGAGAAGCCAUAGAAAUGGUGUUCGAUGGAGAGGACAGAGAAGAGAUGAGGCAGAGAUCCAAGAAGCUUGCAGUAAUGGCGAAGAGAGCUGUAGAAGAAGGGGGUUCGUCUCACAGGGAUAUCAAGCUGCUGAUUGAAGAUAUUGUUGCUCAUGGAGGAGGCCAUGAGAUCUGAAUAGCAUCCCAAUAACCUCUUUGGUUUGUUGUUAUUAUGUAUUGAUGCUUCCUCAAGUGAGAUCUCAUCAUCCAUCUCUUUUCUUUAUGAAACGGAUCUCUCUCCUGUUUUCCUAUCAAACAACCUUCACAUAUUUUUGAGGGAGCUUUAAGGACCGUCAAUUCUUACACCAUGUCCUUCUCUUGAAGUAUCUUUAGUAUUCCAUAACUUAGAUGCCCGACAAUGUCAUGUUCUCACGGGAUCUUCUGUAAUAACAUUGAAGCAGGAUUGUAGAGAUUAAACAAAUAGAGUAAAAGUUCUAUUUGAUGUCA